UGUAACGGAAGGACGUUGGAAAGUGACGAGGCCAGUUUAACCGAAGUCAUCAGACAAGAAAUCCCUAUUUUCUACUAUAGCCUACUCAGAUGUGGACAUGUUUAUUGUGAUAUUUUUUUAAAACCCGUGGAUAUACAGGAUUAUUGAAUUGAACUUGAAUUGAAUAAUUGGUUGAAGAAUGUCAAUAGGCUACUGUAGUAUAUAAGCCUCCUGUAAAGUAUUUUUCAAUUUUAUUUUUCAAUUUUUGAAAACUUUUAGUAUAAAACUUUUUUAAUAGUGGGACUAUUGUUUCGUAGGCUGUUGUCUUUUCAAGUGUUUUAAACAUCCCAAGGCACACAGGAACUGGCCAAGCGAAAGUGACUACCGAAUGCGCGCCCUUUGCGGUGUCUGGGAGUCAUUUCUGCUUGGCGUAAAUUACGGACAAGCGCGUCAUUUCACUUGCGAAUCAUAUUAGCCUAUUGAGGUCCGUUCUUUUAUCCUGGGGGACCACUCACAGAGACACGACAUCUGUGUGACCAUGCUACAAAAUGGUAUUGGUAAGGAGAAACUUUCAGAACCGCCGAAGGCUGAGCCAGAACCAGACUUCCCAUCAGAACCUCCAACCCAGCCAGCCCCAACUGACAGCGCAGUGUCGACGGCACAGGACACGGAUUCCACGCACUUCCCCAUGUCCGUUUACCCCAAAUUGGAGAUAAAGCGUAACGCGGUGACAGACGAUUAUAAGAUAUCUAGUCAGGUCCUUGGGUUUGGGAUCAAUGGGAAGGUUCUGGAAUGCACCAAUAAGAAGACGGGGGAGAAGUGCGCACUGAAGAUCCUCUAUGACAGUCCCAAGGCGAGGCGGGAGGUUGAGCUACACUGGCGGGUGUCGGGGGGGCCUUACAUCGUUGGUAUUCUCAGUCUGUACGAGAACAUACAUCAUGGGAAGAAGUGCCUGCUCAUCAUCAUGGAAUGUAUGCAAGGGGGAGAACUGUUCAGCCGGAUCCAGGCCAGAGGGGACCAGGCUUUCACUGAGAGAGAGGGCUCAGAAAUCAUGCGGGAUAUUGGCACAGCCAUCGAGUUUCUCCACAACAUGAACAUCGCACACAGAGACAUCAAGCCUGAGAACCUGCUGUACACUCAUCAGAAGAGCAACGGUACUCUCAAACUGACAGACUUUGGCUUCGCUAAAGAGACCACGCUACACAACCUCCUGCAGACCCCCUGCUACACCCCUUACUAUGUGGCUCCUGAGGUUUUGGGCCCGGAGAAAUAUGACAAGUCAUGUGACAUGUGGUCUCUGGGCGUCAUCAUGUACAUCCUGCUGUGUGGGUUCCCGCCGUUCUACUCUAACACGGGCCAGGCCAUCUCUCCCGGGAUGAAGCGGAGGAUCAGGAUGGGCCAGUACGAGUUCCCCAAACCUGAGUGGGCUGAGGUGUCAGAGGAAGCCAAACAGUUGAUCCAUCAGCUGCUGAUGACAGACCCCAACGACAGAAUGACCAUCUCACAGUUUAUGAACCACCCCUGGAUCAAUCAGUCCAUGGUUGUUCCCUCCACACCGCUCCACACCUCACGGGUCUUGACUGAGGACAGAGAGAUGUGGGACGACGUGAAGGAGGAGAUGACCAGUGCUCUGGCCACCAUGCGUGUGGACUACGACCAGGUGAAGCUCAAAGACCUGGACACCUCCAGCAACCCACUGCUCAACAAGAGACGCAAGAAGGCCACUGCCGGGGGAAAAUUGGGAGGUACCGUCUGCAACAGCCAGUGAAAGACUGAGGUGGGAGGGAAGCCACAGCCGGAACAGCAGAAAAAGAGGAAGGGAAGCCCAGAGGACACACCUGGAACAGCUGGGAGGAAAAAGGCUGUGGGAGGUCUGGGCAGAAACAUGCAGAAGAGAUUUAUCAGGGGGAGUGUGUUCAUACUUAAAUCAGCAGAGGGAGAAUAGGGGAGGCAUAGAGGAGGGAGGGGGUACUGUUAGGGAACAGCAGGGAAAUGGGAUUUGGAGAUGCUCAGCAAUCAGUCGAACUGAAGGACACAUGAAGUGAUGACAAUGUCUGAAUCUCUUUUCAGGCAAGAUCAGCAGGCCUUCAUACUGUAGGCCUUCCAUCAGUUUUUAAUGUCAUUGUGUGUUAGUGUGGAUGUGUUAUUUUGAAAGAUCGUUCAGGAUCUGCUCUUUAUAUGUUAAGGUAUGUUUGUUGUGUGUGUGCCUGUGUGUUUAUGUGUGUUAUGACCAAUGUUCCCUCUCAUUUUUUUCGGAACUGAGCA